AUGUCGUCGUCCGCAUCCGAAGACGAAUCGGACACGCUCUCGACCUUCUUCUGCCGCGCGCUCUACGACUACAGCUCGACGGACGAGUCCGCGCUCUCCUUCCGCCGCGGCGCCGUCAUCGAGGUCCUCACCCGUUUAGAAAGCGGAUGGUGGGACGGCUUAUUAGGCGACGAGCGCGGAUGGUUCCCGAGCAACUACGUGCAGGUUAUCGACGACGAUGAGGCCGAUGCGGCGCUGGCCGAGGCCGAGCUUGUUAGUCUCAGCGCGAGCCAGUCGUUUGGCGGCGCAGGGCAGUAUCAGCAAGGGCAAGGGCAGUACGAGCCGCACCACGCCCCGCCGGACCCGGUCGUGUCGAACGAUUUUGGCUACAACCCCCAAUUGCAAGCGCAGCCCCAGCCCCUCCAGCAAUCUCAAUCCCUCCAAUCCGUGCAGUCCUCCACGUCCGCGGCCGACUUCUGGGUGCCCCAAGUAACGCCCUCGGGCCAGAUCUUCUACCUGAACACCGUGACGGGCGAGCACGCGCGCGAUCUGCCGGCUGACGACGAGGGGCCCGACACGCCGCUGCCCGCGCCGGCCGGGUUCGGCGUCGCGCGGAGGGGCGGCACGCCCGAGCCGUGGAGGCGAAGGCUGGCGGAUGACGGGCUGACGUAUUUUUAUGUGAAUGGGGUGACGGGCGAGACGAGGUGGAGUGCGCCGGAGGCGCUGGACGAGAGGGAUACACCAGACGUGUCUACGGAUUAUAUGAACCACAACGGAAUCGGACAUAACGGGAAUGGGAAUGGGAAUGGGAAUAUCGGGCAUGAGGUACAGGCUAUUCAACAGCAGCAACAACAACAAGUAUCGAUACCGCGCCCGCCCACGCCGCCCUCCCGCGCAGCCUUCGACACGCCCGCCGCCGAGCGCGCCGCCCAGACGCUCCAAACGCACCUCGCGCCCCCGCCCCCCGAGUCGCUCCCCGACCUCGCAACAGCGGCCCGCACAGCCGUCGCCCAAGCCGCAAGUCGCAUCGCCGUCGGCGGUGCAUCUCUCGACAAUGCGCUCGACGCGUGCGUUAAAGCAUUAAGAGCGUUGUUGUUGGCGAGUGCACCGCCGAGCGGCGGGAUACCGCAUACGCUGUGGCCGAAGGGCGCGGGGCCGAGUGGAGGGGCCAGUGGGCAGGCGAUGGCCGCUGCUAUGAAGCCCGCGCAGCGGCGCGUGACGGCUACGCUGUCUAAGCUUGUUCUUGCGGCGCUCGCGGCGUCGUACGAUAGCAGUGCGGGCGGGCAGGGACAGGGCGUGCAGGGCGACGCCGCGGCGCGGAUGGAGGCGGACGCGACGGAGCUCGAGCACGCGCUCGGCGCGUUCGUGCUGGAGGUGCAGAGGGCGAAUACGGCCGUUGCGCCUGCCGAAAGGACGCUGGGGAAGCGCAGGUUGAGGGGCGCGUUUGUGCCGAGUUAUAUUGGCGCUGGGUUGGUGGGCGCCGGCGCGGCGGGCGGGUGGAGGGGGUUUGGGUUUGUGGGGGUGGCUGAGCGCGAGGGCGAGGAGAGUGGGGG